UAGGCCGCCAAAGCUUAAACAGUUUCCCUACUCCCUCACUCUCUCUCAGUCUCAGUUGAAAGCAAAGUUUGAUGAGAAACGCAGGAACUGGUCUGAGCUAGACCACCCAAUUUGGAAUGACCCUUCAGCCACCACCAAUCCAGGACUCUGGCACACUUGCAAGCAUGAACUGGUUGAAAGCCGGAGGGAAUGUUUUGUAGCAAUAUUAAUCAAUAAAAACAGACUGAUUCUUGAAAUCUCCUGCUAUGGCACCUGCCCAACCUUGUACAGAGAUUGACCAAGACUGUGAAUCAUGUAUCACCCCAAAAGAACUCAAUACAGAGAACAGACGUUCCCUAGAAAUUUCUUAUUUGAAGGACAAAGCGCGCGCGAGUAACCAUGAUUACACUUCCAUUAUGAUGAAAGCUGUUCAGAAUAGAAAAGACGAGGCUUUAAUGUGUAUUGCAGAUGUUGAUGUUGACAUAAUCGAAUCCCGAAAUGAUCAUAACCACUGCUUGCCGGCUGAAACGGAAGACCCAGAUGCAACUGAAUACUCAAGCUCCUUUGCUGAGACUGUCUCUGACACUGAGAAUUUUUGUGGAUUUAGUGAAGGUGAAGUGGAAUCCCAGUUCUUCCCGCAAAAUGGUUUGACGUCUCCUUUUGAUGCAUUUAGUAGUGCAUUUCAAAUGAGGAAGAAGAAGUUGACAAAUCACUGGAGGACCUUUAUUCGUCCUGUGAUGUGGCGUUGCAAAUGGAUGGAAUUGAGAAUUAAAGAAAUUGAAUCCCAAGAAUUGAAUUAUUCCCAAGCGCUUGCAGCAUAUGAUCAAAGAAAACAUUCAGCAUUUGAUCAAAUUAUAUUGGAAGAAUCUGGUUCAAAGUCAUUGCCAUUUUCUAGUCAGUCCCUGCAAAACAAAUCUGCAAAGCGGAGGAAACGCAAGAAAAUUGAAGAGACGACUGAUAUUGCAUCGUAUAUGUCACGUCAUAACGUGUUUUCCUAUUUUGAAAAUAAGGGAUCUGAUCCUGAUAGCAUAUCUCUGGCUGACGAAUUUAGUAAUGCAGUAGUCACAGAACACACUGCUGAUCACAACGAUAAGCUAAGCACAGCUGAUGAGUGGUCGCUCCUUGAGUUUCGAGAUGGUGAUAAGUCCCUUGAGCAUGUCCUGUGGAAAAUCGAGACACUGCACUCUUGGGUUCACAAGCUGAAGAAUCAAGUUGAUCUGGUGAUGCCCAAAACUGCUGCUAUCUUUUCUUCCUCUGAAAAUCUGAGCAUUCUUGUACCCUGUGAUGGACAGAACAGCUCUGCCCAUAGUCCUGCUUUUUCUGCUGGCAAUGGAGACAGACCAUAUGCUACAACUCAGCAAAAUUCAGAGUUCAAUAUUGGAGAUCUGGUAAUGCCUGAAAGUGUAGUUUCCAGUUUCGGGGAGGCUGUUGCUGCUCCUGAUAUCAUAGAAAGCUCUGUGGGACUACUGUCGGCUACCGAUGCCAUUUUCCAUCAUCCGCAGUUUAGUGAAUCAAGUGAAGAUAUUGUGGAUAAUGUCUUGAUACAUAAUGCGGCACAAGGAAAGAAGCUUCUUAUCCAACGGAGGAGUGGCGAACUCAAAGAGAACCAUCAGCAGCCAGCAGAGGAAGGCAAACAUGGUCCUUCUGUGACUCCUUCAUCAACUGUUGAAUCAUGUUUAGGUUUAGAAGUUAAUUUUCCAAGAAACAAGAGAACAAAAGGGGAGCGAAGAACUGGUUCAGAUAUUUGGAGCAAGAAAUGCUCCAGCGAGCCUGGUAGCCAAUGAGACAUCCUGCUUUGCUGCUUCAGGAUAUGUAUGGAGUUCUUUCCUGUAGUCUUUCACAUAAGUUGAUACACACAUGUCUGUUUACAGUCGGUGUUAAAUUUAAUGAUUCCUAGAUUUAGGAUGCCAGUGGAGUCUUCAAACUGAUCAUUAUAGCUGACGUUUUCAAAGUGUUCAGCAUUUGCGGUUCCAUUGAGCUAAAAGAAAUUUGC